AAACAGCCACCGGCAGGAGAGAAGUAAAGCUUUGUGAUAGGGAAUAUCUAAGGUGAUUUGAUCAAUCGCUCAACGCCGACGCUAUGCAAUGCCAAAAGUUAACUCCACCACCGACAUUACACCGUUACAAGCACUACCCCAACACCGAUCCAACCCAUCAGUCCCAUACCAGCGUUGCGUGUCGGGUUGAUGCCAGCCGCCUACGUAUCCAAUCAUUCCAGACGUUCAUGCAACAGGCUUCGUGUCGUGCACCACUCUGAACCAUCCGACUCUGGCUCGACCCUUUGCCGAAGCCGUACCAAGCCAUUUUGAUCGAC